GGUAGUCGGCAGUGCCGUCUUUAAGUUCGCCUCAAUUCCCUUCAUUUCUACGUUUGUACUUUAGUCUGUCGAAUGGUCAACUACGCAUUAUUAAUUCUUCAUGUCAGGUAAACUUAUCUCAGUGAACUUUGAAGCUUCUACGACUAGCUUAGCUUGUUAGCUGCUGACGAAGAGACGCGGAAGUAAAUACAUUGCUAAGCGGAGAGUGUAUAGUGUUGUGAUUGUGUGAACAUGUGUAAAGCACAAAUGCUGAGAGCGUUGGUGAAUCAGCGACUAACUGCGGCUGUGGAAGAAAUAUUUGUACUGUUGGAAAGAACGAUAGCAGAGUACGAGGAGGAACUUUCUCGAACAAAAGAGGAGAACGAGCGACAACGUCAAUUACUGGAAGCUGUUUUCAUGAAGCAUCAAGAUGAACUACACGGAGCAGACGCCAGUGAAGAAAAUCUUCCCUCUGAGCAGCAGGAGUGGAGCUCCAAGAUGGAGCAGGAGGAACCACAGCCCCCUUGUAAUAACGAGAAAGAGCCACAGGCCUCCCACAUCAAAGAAGAAGAGGAGGAGCACAUCGUCAGUCAGGAGGAGCUGGACUUCCCUGUGAUUUGUGUCUCUGUGAAGAGUGAAGAUGAUGAAGACAAAGCUGGAAGUGAGGAGAGGAGAGAGGUGGAGCCUCCAAGAAGCAGCUCACCUCAACACAUGACAACAGAAGCUGAUGGAGACCACUGUGGAGGAUCACAAGCAGACAACCUCUUAGCUCCACUAUCAGAUAGUGACGACACAACGUCACACUCUCCUGACACUGAUGAUGAAGACUCUAAAGCUGAUAUGACAUGUCACACUGACAACAUUCACAAAUGCUCCCAGUGUGACAAAACAUUUGUUACCAAAGGAAAUCUGACAAGACACAUGAGAAAUCACACAGGAGAGAAACCAUUCACGUGCACAGUUUGUCGUAAAAGAUUCUCUCAGAAGGUACAUUUGAUAGCACACACACGAACACACACUGGAGAGAAACACAAUUUCUGUUCAAUAUGUAAUACACAUUUGUGUGAUAGUUCAGCAUUGGAUCAGCACAUGACAAAACUCCAUGGGGAAAAGCUUUUAAUCUGUUCCAUCUGUGGUAUAAGUUUUACACGAAAUUCAGAUUUGAAAAGACACAUGAGAACGCACACCGGGGAGAAACCUUUUACCUGCUCAGUUUGUGGCAUAGGAUUGACUCAGAAGUCACAUUUGACAGCACACAUGAGAAGACAUACUGGAGAGAAACCUUUCACAUGCUCAUUCUGUGGUGUGGGAUUCGCUCAAAAGUCGUGUUUGACAAAACAUACAAGAAUACACACUGGAGAAAAACCGUAUUCCUGUUCAGUCUGCAACAAAAGCUUUAAUGAGAGUUCAGGGUUGGACCAACACAUGAGAAGACACACUGGAGAGAAACCUUUUACCUGUUCACUCUGUGGUUUAGGUUUUGUACGAAAUCCAGAUUUGAAAAUACACAUGAGAAGACACACUGGUGAAAAACCAUAUUCCUGUUCAAGCUGCAACAAAAGCUUUUGUGACCGAACAACACUUGUAACACACAUGAGAACACACACUGGAGAGAAAGUGUUUAGUUGCAGUGUGUGUGGUGAAAGAUUCUCUUAUAAGUACCAGCUUGACAAUCACAAGUGUGCUGGUGAGAACAGUAGCAGUAAAUUAAGCUGCACGACUUGAAAUAAACUAUCAAGACAAUAAUUUUCUAACAGCAUCACCACAUAUAACUUGUGUGAUGUUGUCCUGUGUGUAACACAACCUUGUUAAUGUGCUUCUACCAUUUACAUGUAAUACAAAUACAAAAAACAGCUGUGACACAGUGUCAGUCAGUUUUAUUUUAUUAAAUUGCAAACUUCGGCCAUCUGUUGUUAGCCUGCUGUUAGCAUUUAGAAUCUUAUCAUAGUUCAUCAUUUCAUGACUACUAUUAUGUGUGACUGUUUCAAUGCAGUAUUGUCAUUGUGAUCACUAUCAUAGUUCAUCAUUUCAUGACUACUAUUAUGUGUGACUGUUUCAUUGCAGCAUUGUCAUUGUGGUUGUUGAUAUUAUUUUGUCCUUUCCGUCAGUGUUUUCAUAGUUGUCGCAGACAUUUAUUUGCUGAUGUAGUUCUGUAUGUUUCUGUUGUUCUGUUCUUGUUGUCACAAUUGUGGUUGCUGCUGUUGUCCUUGUCUCUAUCUUUUUUUUGUCCCCCUCUUGUUCCCCCCCCCCCCCCCCUUUCUUUUCUCUUCUUCUCUGUCUGCUCCGGUCCAAUCGCUCCAAAUUUGCUUAAUAACAAGCAUCUAAGUAAAAUAAAUUCUGUAUAACAGGGGAAGUGUAUAUCACACUUCUCCCUGGCAGAGUAAAUCUGUUGAGCACUUGAGGGCAUUUAGAUCUACAAUUCUAUCUGCCUUAAAGGCUGGACAGGACAGGGGUAAAAAAAAAAAAGCAUUUAGAAUCUUUUUUUUCUCAGCUGGGGUGUUUUCCUGCUAUUUUCUGCUUUCCUCGAUCUGUCUACCACUGUUUUUAGUUUACACUGAGUGGAUAUUGUCAUUUGUGCUGAUCAACUAUUUCGCCACACACUUUAUAGGUCAAGGGUGUAAUGACAUCUCCACAUCUGAGGGAGGCAGUAAUGCAUUAGAAUGUACUAGCUGUGUUACCGGAUGGUGACGGCGGUACUGCACACUCCCCGGGCUUGUGGAGGUGCCCUGCACAUCUGGAACUCCACGCAUGAAUACCUCCGCCUUCCACCACUGCUUGUAUUUGAUUACCGAGUAAAUGCGUGAUGCUCGAAGCACUUCUUGCUACAUCUUCUUAUUCUGUGGAAGACCAGUGCGAAUGGUGAUGUGAUUGGCACUGGCUACAAAUGAAAGGUUCUGGUCCAAUAUGAGACCAAGUGCCGAUAUUGUCCAACUCUCAACUUUUGAUUCCGAUAUCCGCUGAAAUGUGUAACAUCGCAUAUCUCCUGUCGGAGAUUGAAUUAGCACAUUGUAGUGACCCGCAGACAUUCACCAAGUGUAUUUCCAUUUCCGGGUUAUGAGGAUGUUUUAGCCACUUAGCUGUUGCUAAAGACUUGUUGCUUGUUGUUGAGUUGAGUGGAGAGUUACCUGAUUGGAGCCACCUACCUCGACUCCUGUCUCAUUGUGCAUCUCCACAUUUGGUGACCCUUGACGUGAGUAAAAAUGCCAACUGACAACAGUGACAACAAGGAGGCUGUACCGUCGCCACUACAUGGUAACGAGUGGGCUAAAAACACAGGCAACAUAUUCCACGCCCGUGGUUUCAACACAUCGAAGCCAAGUUACGACUCCGAGGAAUCACACAGGACGUGACAAAGUAUUUCCACGUUGUGGUCACACUGGAUACAUCGACGACCGCCAGUACAGGAGCCUCGUACCUA